GUAUCCUGCGAAGCUGUGCCCCACCUGCCCCACAAGAGCGCGACCCGGAAGUAAUACCUAGUGUUUCUAUCCAGCAAGAUGGAGGAAGUUGGUGUGGACGACUGGUUAAUUGACUCGCUCCAGCUCUAUAGCGAUCUUCAUGUUUUUGAACUUCAGGACCCUACCCAGGUUAUUGAGUGGACGUCAGAUAAAAGUAUCUGUGUGGCUGGAUACAAAGGGACACAAUCACAUGAAAUCUUGGAAUUGCUUUUACCACAGAAAUUGUCUACUAAAGACAACCAGGGACUUUGUCCUGAGCGAGAUUUUAAAGUACAUCAUGGUGGUUUCUCAGAGGAACCCAUUAGCUGCCUGAAGUAUAUUUUGGGAUCGAGAUGUGUGGUGACCAGUGGUUUCCCUGGAUCCAGUCUGCAGAUAUGGCAGAUUGGAGGAGAUGAUACUGAUGCGAUCAAGAGGACUGGAUGCAUUAAUCAUAAUAAUAAGUCUGAGAAAUCGUGCAAAUUAGCAUCUGGAGUUUCUGGAGUUGCACCACGGGUCCUGCAUGGCUCGCAGAUAAGGGAUGUUCAGCUAACUGACCUCCAGUCUGGAAGGUCGCUCUACACUGCAGGGGAAGAUCUGCCAGACAUCGUGAGUAGCCUGCGGUUUGUGGACGCUGACGUGUUCUUGGUCUGCACGGGCAGUGGUGACUUGUGGGUCGGUGACAUCCGGGACGCUUCAGCUUUUCGGCGGAAUCCCGUCGGAGAACCGGAUGGAUCCUACUGGUGCAUGGACUUGAGAAAAGACACCUUGCCGUCAGAUCCUGCGGCUUGCACUGUGGCGCGCCUUUCUUCUGCCUCUCGGGCGAUCGUGUCAGACCUAAGAAACCUGAAAAGCCCCAUCUGUCGAGCGCAGCUGAAUAUCCCACAUGGAGACGCUGGCUGCGACUUCCUCAGUGUCACUUGGGCCCCAGCUUUGGACAACUGUCUUGCAGUUUCAGGUUUUGGUGGAAUGGUACAUAUCUAUGACAUCACAGCUUGGAGGCCAGAAUUAACAGAACCCCAGUCACUGUUUGUGCAUAAAGGUCACAUAAUAUCCGCUGGUCCUGAGAAUGAUUUCAGUCCUACUAUUGUCACAACUCACUCCUGGCAUCCUUGGAGACCUAGGACUUUACUUUCAGCUGGUACAGAUGGAUCUUUACAUGUUUGGGAUUGGGUGGACAAAACACUAAAUAGCUGUUAAGUCUGAAAAGCGCUUCAGAUCAACAGGAUUCAAGUCUGACAUGCAGAUCACGUAACCUUGGGGGAUAAUUACUGAACUGUGUUUUUUUCCGCGAAGUCCUGUGAUAUUAGUUAUUUGUUGACAUCUAAUAUUUUAAAAUCCAUACCAUUGGGUCAAUCCACUAUUUUUUUAUAAAUGAAUCUUUAUUAAAAUUUCAUUUCAUAAUCCAUUUUUUACUUGGAAAAAGAAAUGUAAGUUCAAAAUACAGCAACAGUGAAACCAUAAUUAUUUAUGCUUUAAACUGUCUGUCAACUGUAUAUUCAUGGUUUAAACUUGUCUAUUAACAGAUGUGGUACUUAAUGUUAUGAAAUAAUGAGUUAAACUUUGAAAUAUUUAGAUCCAGUUACCAUGGUUAAAAGCAUGUGUGGAGGGAAUGUCUUGGUUCUGGGUUGCUUUGCUAGUGAUAGAUUUGAUGAUCUUUACUCCAUGUUUUUCUUACUCAGGAUGGCUAUCAUAACAUUAUUAUUACAGAUGGGUAAUAUAAAAGCUAUCUGGGGAAGACUGAUAGUGAAAGAACUCGGUCUAAUGAUCAUGCCUCCCUAGUUUCCAGACCUGAAUCAAAACCCAACUUGUAUGGGAUAAAUCGGAUGAAAGUGUUAAAUUUCUGGGAAGGCAUGCAGUCUGAUUUACUACUGAAACUUGUUAACCAAAUGUUAUCAAGGUAAAUAGUGACUAUUUUUGGAGAUUUAAAUGCAUUUUUCAAUUGUCUCGAA